AUGAUAUUGGAAAUGAAUAUGAUUCAUUUCCUGAAGAAAAUUUUUAAGGAACGAACAAAAUAUAAUGUUUCCAUUACUAUGGAUUGCUCGAGACUAAAAAAGUAUUUAAUAAAACUCGAUAAUGAGAAAGGUUGUAAAAACAAAAAUUGUUGUAAAUACAUAAACUACGUAUUAAAUAAAAUGGUACACACAUAUUAUGAUUCAAAUAGUUCUAUUUUUUAUAUUUAUAAUACUUAUAUGAACCAUAAGAAUAAUAAUAAGGAGAUAAUGAAUUUAUGUUUAAAGGAAAUAAAUUACAUGAUUCCGGAGAAAUAUAAAAAAAUUAAUUUGCUAUAUAAUGCAUACGAGAAAUGUCAGCCUUAUGCUUCUAAGGAGUAUACUAAUCUUAAGGAUUUUCUUGAAAAGAAUGAACCACCCCUAACAAGUGACUGCUAUCCGAUAUUUUCGGUUUCACUUUUUUACCCUUAUUAUUGCAAUGAACUACUCAAGAAAAAAGAAAAGGAUAAUUCAUAUAUAGAUCACCCCAAUACUGAAUUAGUAUUACUUCGAGCAGUGGUACCCGGACUGGAAAAAAGAAACUCUGCAGUAGGAGAACCAGAAGACGGAACUGACACGGAAGAAAGAGCUACCUCCGUAGGAACCAUUAUAGGUACUUCUUUAGGAAUUGUUUUACCUCUAAUAGUAAUAUAUAGGGUAAGAAAAACUUAUUUUAAAAAUAAAAUAAUUCUGUAUGAAUAUUUAUAUUACGUGUGA